AUGAAAAUUGUCCCUCGUCGCAGCAUCGAGCGCGGGAACGCCAACCAUGGCUGGCUCAAGACAUUCCACACGUUCUCCUUUGCCUCGUACUUCGAUGAUGAGCACGCACAAUUCGGAUGCCUCCGAGUCCUCAACGAAGACCGCGUCGAGCCUCACACCGGCUUUGGCACGCACGGUCACCGCGAGUUCGAGAUCUUCUCGUACGUCGUCGCAGGGCAGCUCGAGCACCGCGACUCUAUGGGCAACCUCGAGAUCCUGAAGCGGGGCGACCUGCAGAUGACCUCGACCGGCACGGGCAUCCGUCACAGCGAGAAGGCAUACGGCGAGGAGCAGGUCCACUUCCUCCAGAUCUGGAGCAUGCCGUACAAGGGCCAGCUCCCGCCGACGUACUACACCCGGCACUUUACCGACGAAGAGAAGAAGGACACCUGGGCCCGCAUCGUCGCGCCCGCCGGCGAGUCCGGCGUUUCCGACGCCCGCGAGGCGUCCGGGCCCGCGCCCGUGCACUCGCGCCUCUCGCUGUACGCGACACUCCUGUCCCCAUCCGCCUCCCUCCCGCACGCCUUCCCCACAGACGGCCCGGGCGCGCUGCGCAAGGUGUACGUGCACAUCGUCCAGACGUCUGGCUACAACCCGGAGGCCGCGGGCGGCGCGACGGUGCGCGUGUCCGGCGACGGUGCGUCUGUUGAGCUGCGCGAGGGCGACGGGGCGUACAUCGUCGGCGAGGCAGGGAAGGAAAUGAAGGUCGAGAAUGCGGGCGAUCGGGUCGCGGAGAUCCUGCUGUUCGACGUGGAGUAG